AUGAAGACCUUCUUCGUCUGCUUGGCUCUCUUCGGCUCUGCCACCGCUUUCUUGUUCCCAGCUGCCCCAGCUGCCGGAGGCGGUUGCUGGUAAGUCAAACUUUAGUUUUUUCAUAAUUUUAUUUUGUAUUAUAGCAUUGUUUUAAUAGUAUUUUUUUUAAGUAUUACAGAAAUUUAAAACUUUUUACACUUUUUUCAUAGUUGAAAAUUUUUAGCCCACCACCAGCCCCAUCAUGCGGAUGCGGAGCCCCACCACCACCACCAGCCCCAUGCGGAGGAGGUUGUGCUCCACCACCACCACCACCAUGCGGAGGUGGCUGCGGAGCCCCACCUCCACCACCACCACCAGCCCCAUGCGGCGGUGGCUGCGGAGGUGGCCCAAUUGGAGGCGGAUGCGGAGGUGGUGCCCCAAUCGGAGGAGGAUGCGGUGGUGGAGUUGCCCCAGCCGGCCCAAUCGGAGGAGGAUACGCUACCGGCCCAGCUGUCGGCGGACCAAUCGGAGGUGGAUACGCCGCUGGACCAGUUGCCUCAGGCCCAAUCGGAGGAGGAUACGCCGCCGGACCAGUCGCUUCAGGCCCAAUCGGAGGUGGAUACGCCGCUGGCCCACAAGUCGCUCCAGCCGGAGGAAACGCCUACGCCGGAAAGAAAUAA